GGCCCCGCCGGCCUGGAGGAGCAGCGCCGGAGCCUGCCCAUCUUCGGGGCCCGAGGCCCGCUGCUCGACCACCUCCGGACCGCCACCAGCGCCGUGCUCAUCGGAGAGACGGGCUCCGGGAAGACUACGCAGCUCCCGCAGUACCUGUACGAAGCGGGCAUCGGGCGCCAGGGCGUCAUUGCCGUGACCCAGCCGCGCCGCGUGGCCGCCAUCUCCCUGGCCGCCAGAGUCUCGGAGGAGAAGAGGACCGAGCUGGGGAAGCUGGUGGGCUACACGGUGCGCUUCGACGACGUGACGUCGGAGGCGACGCGGAUCAAGUUCCUGACGGACGGGAUGCUGCUGCGCGAGGCCGUGGCCGACCCCCUGCUGCGCCGCUACAGCUGCGUCCUCCUGGACGAGGCCCACGAGCGCACGGUCCACACCGACGUGCUCUUCGGGGUCGUCAAGGCCGCGCAGAAGAAGCGGAGGGAGCUGGGCAAGCUGCCCCUGAAGGUCAUCGUCAUGUCGGCCACCAUGGACGUCGACCAGUUCUCCCAGUAUUUCGGCGGCGCCCCCGUCCUCUACCUGGAGGGCCGGCAGCAUCCCAUCCAGAUCUUCUACACCAAGCAGCCCCAGAGUGACUACCUCCAGGCAGCCCUCGUCUCCGUCUUCCAGAUUCACCAGGAGGCCCCCUCCUCCCAGGACAUCCUGGUUUUCCUGACGGGCCAGGAGGAGAUCGAGGCCAUGAGCAAAACCUGCCGGGACAUCGCCAAGCAGCUUCCGGACGGCUGUCCUCCGCUGCUGGUGCUGCCCCUGUAUGCCUCCCUUCCCUACUCGCAGCAACUGAGGGUCUUCCAGGGGGCCCCAAAGGGCUCUCGCAAAGUGAUCAUCUCCACCAACAUCGCCGAAACCUCCAUCACCAUCGCCGGAAUCAAAUUCGUGAUCGACACGGGCAUGGUGAAAGCCAGGAAGUACAGCCCCGGCAGCGGCCUCGAGGUGCUGGCGGUGCAGCGGGUGUCCAAAGCCCAGGCCUGGCAGCGGGCCGGCCGGGCGGGCCGGGAGGACAGCGGCCUCUGCUACCGGCUCUACACGGAGGAUGAGUUCGAGAAGUUCGACAGGAUGACCGUCCCGGAGAUCCAAAGGUGUAACCUGGCUAGCGUGGUGCUGCAGCUCCUCGCCCUGAGGAUCCCGAAUGUCCUCACCUUCGAUUUCAUGUCAAAGCCGUCCCCAGAUCACAUCCAGGCGGCCGUCGACCAGCUGGACCUGCUGGGGGCCCUAGACCGGAAGGAUGAGCAGCUGACCCUCACCCCCAUCGGGAGGAAGAUGGCAGCCUUUCCCCUGGAGCCCAAGUUUGCCAAAACCAUCCUCCUGGCCCCCAAAUUCCACUGCACGGAAGAGAUCCUGACCAUCAUCUCCCUGCUGGCCGUGGACAGCGUCCUCUACAACCCCCCGGCCCGGCGGGACGAGGUGCAGGCCGUCCGCAGGAAGUUCAUUUCCAGCGAGGGCGACCACAUCACCCUGCUGAACGUUUACCGGUCCUUCAGAAGCGUGGGCGGCAGCAAGGAAUGGUGCAGAGAGAACUUCGUCAACGGCAAGAACGUGUCGCUGGCGGCCGAAGUCCGAGCCCAGCUCCGGGACAUCUGCGUAAAGCUGUCCGUGCCCCUGGAGUCGUGUCGCGGGGACACGGGGAGCGUCCGCCGCUGCCUGGCCCACAGCCUCUUCAUGCACGCGGCCGAGCUGCAGCCGGACGGCACCUACGCCACGGUGGACUCGCAUCAGCCCGUGGCCAUCCACCCCUCCUCCGUCCUGUUCCACUGCAAGCCGGCCUGCGUCACCUACAACACGCUGCUCCACACCAACCGCUGCUACAUGCGGGACCUGUGCGUCGUCGACGCCGACUGGCUGUACGACGCCGCGCCCGAGUACUUCCGCAGGAAGCUGCGGGCCGCCCGCAACUGACUGCCGUCGGCGGGACCCUCACCCUCCCGGCUUCCCCCCGCCCCGGCUCAGAAACGCCCAGGAGGAGCCGGGCUGGUGCAGGGAUUCGGUUGUGGUGCUGGGGAGGGGCGUGGUGAAAGCGAACGUGGCGUCGGCUGGUGAUGCCUGGCGGGGGACGCCUGGAUUCAUCGGGCUGCUCGGGAAUCCGUUUCCUCCGCAAGCUUCGGCUCCGGGAAACAGGACUCUUGGGGCGUCUUUAGGAAGGGGGUGCUGAUGGCUGCGACCUCCCUGGGUCCCCUCCGGAGAGGGGACGUCAGCUGCUCCCCCAUCUCCCACAGCCCCCAUCAGUUGGUUCCCUCGGCCCAGUAUGCGGGGGGCUGCCGGGGGGCCACCCUGGCAUUCCAGGCCCCCAGAGGAGCCGAGCCCAGUGACCGCUCCUUCCUUCCCAAGGGGGCUGACCAGGCAUUCCAGACCCGCUGGAGCCUUUUCCAGGAACCGGGCACCAUCAGAUCCCGGACCAGUUGCUCCUCAGGAAAUGCGGCGGGGCCGGGAGAAAGCCCCCUCCAACCAGGCUCCCGGCCGUCGGGGCCUACCAGUGGCCAGCGGCUGUGGGGAGCGGGUCUGGAAUCGGGCCGGGCCGCAGUGUGGGCCGAGUACUAUACACCGAGUGCUGGCCGGGGGCCCGGGGCGUCCAGCUGGGAGGGCGUGGGCUGCCGGAGUCCCCGAGCCCCUGCCCCGCAGUGGGUACGAGUCUGAGGGCAGAGACGGGAUCGUGGGCACGCAUCAGGACAGCUCGUGCCAUCCGGCCGCGAGUGUGUGCCGGCCGGCUGGCCGGCCGGCCCGGGUAGAGAGCGCGUCAGCUUCCCCGCCCGAGCUGAUUCGGACCCGUGCCCGCGGGCCCUGCCGUUCACCUUGCCCAAAAUGUCGCUCGUCUCUGCCUCGUACCCUCCUCCGAAACGAUUCCCUUGUGGGAAAGGUGUUCGGAGAGGGAGGAAAAGGGCAACAGGGUCUCUCCGGAGCUUUGUCAGGGGCGUGCAGGAGCACCCUUCACGGGGCCAUUCUGCUGGAGAUGCAGACCGGUGCUGUCCGUUUUCCAGGGUGCUUUUGAGGACACUUCAGAAUUUUUAUCUAAGCUGCUCAGGGAAGAAUUCAGAUGGGCAAAGCCCACUCUGACUCCAUUUAUAAUGACAGGCUGGCCAUUUGUAUGAGUCUGUCAUUAUAACCUGUAUAAACCUCAAGUUGAGCUUUCUUUUUAGACUGCUUUCCUUACUCCUCCGACGGCUUUGGUACCGCAGACCCUGGGGCUGUCCCUGGCUCAGCUGUGCCUUGGGGGUGGUGAGGCCCCCUCACCCCACCCCUCCGCACAAGUCUGCUCACCCCCCUUCCUUCUGCUUCUCUGCGAAAGCACCCCAACUGCAGAAAAAGGCAGUAAAGCACAUUUUGUUCUGUCUUU